CGGUCUUUCCGCCCCCGCCCUCUGGUCUUCUUCGCUUCCUGGGCUCCUCUGCUCGAUCCUCGCAUGCGUCUGGGAUCGUCUGUCGCCGGCCAAUGUUCCUGAAGCAUCCUAGAGACUCCUCUGGGGUCGCCGCUGUCCCCAUCAAGCGAGCCAGCACCAGCGAUGCGCCUCUUGCCGACCGUAUUCAUGCUCGGCACCAGCGGCUCCUAGCUCGGCUCGUUGCUCGGCAGAACCACAGCCCCGACCCGUCUCAGCCCGAGACCAACACCGACACCGACACCGACACCGAGACUCAGACCGAGUCCAAGCACAGCCCCGUCAUAUUUGCUGCGUCUGGCCCGAUCGGCCAAGGAAUCAACUACGAUGCUGAUCUGGGGUACCUCAUCUCCGUCAGCCUCGGUACCCCGUCUCAGCAGUUCAACGUCAUUCUGGACACGGGCUCGGCCAACUUUUGGGUCACCGGCACCGGCUGCAACCCAACCAGCCCCGCCGGCAACGUCUUUGACCCCACAAAGUCCUCCAGCUUUAACCAAGUCCCCAACGGCAACUCGAUUACUGUUUCCUUUGGCUCCGGCACGCUAUCUGGAUACCUUGCCCAGGACACGUUCACGGGCGUCGGCGCCAGCGUCAGCCCCCAGAGCGUUGUCGUCGCCAACCAGCUCGAUUCCAACCUCGUCAGCAUGAUGACGAGCGGGGCCACGAAAUGGGAUGGUGUCUGGGGACUGGCUUUCCCCGGACUCACGACCGCCACGACUUCCGGUAUCCGCCAAGUGCCCCCGUUCUGGAACAUGAGAUCAUCCUUCGCCAAUGCAUCCUUUGCCAUCUGGCUUGACGCGAUCGGUACCAGCAGCAGCAGCGGCGGCGGCGGCGGUGGCGAGUUUGUCGUCGGUGGAUGCAAUCCAAACCACUUUAUGGGAACGAUGCAAUGCCUCCAGGUCCUGCCGCCGACGCUUUCGGCUCAGCCUGACCACUGGCGUGUGCUCAUGAGCGCUAUCACGCUCGGCUCCAGCUCCAUCACCAUCCCCAGCGGAAGCAACUUUGCCAUCCUUGACUCGGGCGCACCCGUGAUUGGCCUGCCACAGGCCAUCUACACCAGCGUGUGGUCUUCCCUCAGCUCGAUCACCGGUGGCCAGAGCAGGAUUGACUGUGGAAUCGCAUCAAGCUUGCCCGACCUGACUUUCAGCCUUGGCUCCCAGAACGCGACCUUCACGCUCAAAGGCAGCGACUAUGUCUACCCCUCGGGAGGAAGCUGCGUGGUUGGGCUCCUCAACAACGGCAACUUUGCCACAGUCGUGCUUGGCGAUACCUUCCUUCGCAAGUUCUAUUCGGUUUACGAUUCGACCAACUUGCAGAUCGGCUUGGCUACGUCGGCCCAAGGCUCCGCUUUGGCCGCUGGCGCGACGGCCGCGGCUUGCUCCUGUGGCUCGGUUGGCACCGGCCAGGCUCCUUCCGCCAACACCCUGAGCUCCUCCGUCAUAGGCGGAGGCACCAACGCCAUCAAGCUCGGCAGCGUCUACAUGAACCUAUAUCUCUUCAUUGGCAUAAUCGUGGGCUCGGUUCUCCUACUGAUUGGCAUCAUUGUGGGCGUUGUGCUGUAUUCCCGCCGUGGAAAGCGACGGCGCCCCGUGGGUCCCAGGACGCCUAUGCCCCUCCCACCCGGAAAAGGCCAACGCGGUGGCAACGGCAAUGGAAACGGAAACGGAAACCUGGACCGCAGCAACAGCCGAGGAAACAACGCCAAUCUCAGUCGCAAUAACAGCCGAGGAAACAACACCAACCUAGAUCGCAGCAACAGCAACAACAAUGGCAACAACGGUCGACCCAAAUACCCUCCCAACGGCUCGAGUGGCUCCAAUGGUGCCAGCCGCCCUGGCGUCAACCGGCCCGUCGAAUCUCGGUCCAGGGCAUCACCAUCGCCGCACCGUCAGGAGCGACCAUCGGCCCGUUCGCCCAGCGCGGGCUCGCGCCAACCGCUCAACCGUUCCAACAGCGGCCGCUCGCAGAAUGGUCCAGACCGAUCCCAAGGCAGCAAUAAUGGUGGAAAUCGAGGCCGCAACGACUACCCUCAGACACGCCGAGACAACGGCCAAGGUGGUCGAAGAUGAUGGCACUGUGUCGUGCUUGUCCUGCUCUGUCCUGCUAGAUGCAUUUGCAGCUCA